GAUUAUUUGUUUUUCUUCAUGGUCAGUUUGCUCGAUUGUGUAUUUGAUACGAAUUUCUCACAAAUUUGCCUCUUAACUCUUCCCCUUUCUCAUUGUAAAAAGCUAUUUAUCCGUAUGAUUGAACGAAAGAGCAGAAAAAUCAAUGGGAAUUCCUAUAACAACUCGAAUUUUAGGAAUUCAAAGAGCUUAGAUUCGAUCCUUGUCCUGUUCCUCAUAACUGAGUUGCCACUUUUUACCCAUCUGCAAUCAAUGACAUUUGUCUUCUCCUCGUGUGCUGUUUCAUUGUAUUAUUGCUAAUCAUACUAACCUCCACCAAUUUCCUCAUCCCAUCAAAUUAUACAUAUUACCAUCUUGAUUAAGCUGAAGAAACUUGUUGGGUAUUACCUAAUUUGGUUAUUUAUUGAUAUUUUUCUUCUGCUUCCACCUUUUUUUGUCGGUGUUGAUGAAAAAUCGAUGGAUCUUUAUUGUGGGUUUCAGUUGAUGUACUAGUAACAAUGCAUAUUUGCCACCAAAUAUGGUUUUUGGGUUUAGAGUGGUGUGAUGCAUAUUGAAGUUGUUAACAACAAUGGCUGCUCCGGUCCCUGGUGUACUGUUAAAAUUGCUUCAACACAUGAACACAGAUGUGAAGGUUGGAGGAGAGCACAGAUCAUCUCUAUUGCAAGUGGUGAGCAUUGUCCCUUCUUUAGCUGGUGGUGAGCUUUUUGAAAACCAAGGGUUUUACCUCAAGGUAUCUGAUUCAUCUCAUGCCACAUAUGUAUCUUUACCUGAUCAACAUAUUGAUCUCAUUCUCAGUGAUAAGAUCCAAUUGGGUCAAUUUAUACAUGUCGAUAGGCUCGAGCCAGCCUCUCCGGUGCCCAUUUUACAAGGGGUCCGGCCAGUUCCUGGCCGGCACCCUUGUGUUGGAACCCCGGAAGAUAUAGUUGCCACCCACUCUUUAGGUUUCCUCAACAAUAAUUGUAGUUCUGCUUCUGGUUCUAUGUUAUUCAAUAAGACCAAAUCUCCUUCCAAAAGAGUCAUGAAGAGAUUAAAUGGGAGACAAAAGGAUAAAGAAUUGGAUAGUAAGAAGACUAGACCAGUUUUGGGAAGAUCUAAAUCUCAAUUACCAAAGUUGGCACUGGAUGCAAUUGUGACAAAUCGGUCAUUAAAAACCAAAUCGUUCAAUUCUCAACCUAUACUUUUGUCUCCUACAAGUUAUUAUUCAUUGCCUAAUUCGUUUGAGAAGUUCUCCAAUGGGAUUAAGAAGCAGUCGAGCAUCAACAGAAUGGAGAAGACGAUUAAUAAAUUGAGCUUUGGGGAGAAAACGAGUCCAGCUCGUGGAGCAAGUCCAAGUGUGAACAAGUCUGGAAUGGGAAACUCGAUAAAAAGUUUUGUUCAGAGUAUUGACUUUGGACACAAGGCUCUUAGGAAGAGCUGGGAAGGUGGUACGGAUGUGAGGACUCCAAGAAUCGAUAUCACCAAGAAGAAUUCAAAGCCUGAAGCUUGGAGUACUUCUACUUCAAGAAAAUCGACAAGUGAAAGGAUGCCAUCUAAAGAGGAGAGUAAUAAAGCAACUUCAUUUGUGAAUAAGUCAUCAUCUAAAGAGGAAAGUAAGGUUCACACACCUCAAACGAGAGUGACUACUACGAUUCCAGAUUUGGUUGUUCAUUCAAGUAAGCAAAAAUCAUCAGCAGGGGCUUUGCAUCCAGGAAACAUGAUCAAGGUUUCUUUGAGUAAUAGGAGAUUGACCGAUACAAGUGGUUCUUGGUCUUCACUCCCUUUGUCUAUUGGAAAGCUUGGAAAGGAAGUCCUGAAGCAUAGAGAUGCUGCACAAAUUGCUGCGGUGGAGGCUAUUCAAGAGGCUUCAGCCUGCGAAACCAUACUUCAAUGUAUAAGCACAUAUGCCGAGCUCUGUUCUUUUGCAAACGAAGACAACCCACAGCCUGCUGUGGAGCAGUUCUUGGCAAUGCAUGCUGGCUUGAAUAAUGCUCAUCAGAUUGCUGAAUCUUUAUCCAAAAUCGUUGCUCUCGGUUCAUCAUCAGAUUGCGAAGAUAACCCGUCAGAAACACAUUUAAAAGCUACAUCAGAUAAGCGUAAACAAGCAAGUCACUGGGUCCAUGCUGCCAUAACCACAAACUUAUCAUCCUUCUCGGUGUACAGCAAGCAAGCACCACCUUCUAGCCCCGUUAUUCUCCUUGGGAACCAGCCCACCCUGGUUCUUGAGAGCACAACCAAGACUGCAUCACCAAAAACCCAAGUCAAGCCCCGUCAAUCCAAGAUUCUCAACUCAACAACUCCAAGGCCAACAAUUGACCAAAAGGCAAGAGCCCCACCUCCACUAAAAUGGGAGAAAGGAGCUGGUCUUAAUGAAACGGUAGAACUGGGGCAAAUGUUAAAACUGGAGUCGCAAGAUUGGUUCUUGGGAUUUGUAGAAAGAUUCUUGGAUGCUGAUGUUACAAUAUCCGAUAAUGGUCGGAUUGCAGGCAUGUUAUCUCAACUCAAAAGUGUCAAUGACUGGUUAGAUAAGAUUGAAAGUAGUAAAGAUGAAGGAGAAACUUGUCAUAUCUCCCCAGAGACGAUGAAUCGUAUAAGGAAGAAGAUUUACGAUCAUCUCCUUACACACGUAGAAUCUGCUGCAGCUGCACUUGGUGCAAACUCAGAGCCAUCACAAACUGGAAGCAAUGCCAGAAGGUAAAACUUAUAGUUUCUGCCAAUGGAAGGAAGAUGGGUCAGCAUUUCUUUUUUUCAACUUUUGUAUAUACAACUUCAACAGAUCGUUGGGGGGUAGAGAUGGAGUGUCAUAUAAUUAGUUUUCAAGAAAGAAGGGGGG